GAUAAUUGAUUGAUAGGGUGAAAUUGAUUUCUGGUGAAUUGCAUUUGUAUCUUCUUACAUUUCAAUUUUCAUAUACAAUCAUUCAUAUUAUAAACAUUAACAUUAAUAUUGCAUAGUCAGUGCAUUCUGAGGUUAAAGAAAAACAAAUCAAGAAGCCAUGAAAUCCUCAACCUCAACUUUGUAUAUUCUCUUCUACCUCGUAAUGCUAUUAUUGUCUGUAACAGUAAUGGCAUUGACCAACAAAAAAACUUACAUAGUUCACAUGAAACACAACAAAAAUGCAUCCAUGUACUCUCCCAUUCUCCAAUCUUCUUCUUCUUCUGAUUCUCUACUUUACACCUACACUCACGCUUACAAUGGUUUCGCUGUUUCCCUUGACACUAAACAAGUGCAAGAACUGCGUAGUUCUGAUUCAGUUCUCGGUGUAUAUGAAGAUACUCUGUACUCACUGCACACUACCCGCACCCCAGAGUUUCUGGGUCUGCUUCAAAUUCAAACCCAUUCUCAGUUUCUUCACCAACCUUCAUACGACGUUGUUAUUGGUGUACUUGACACUGGAGUAUGGCCAGAAUCGCAAAGUUUUCACGAUUCUCAAAUUCCUCAAAUCCCAUCUCGAUGGCGUGGAAAGUGUGAAUCAGCACCAGAUUUCGAUUCUUCACUCUGUAACAAAAAACUCAUUGGUGCUCGAAGCUUCUCCAAGGGCUAUCUCAUGGCUUCUCCUGGUGGUGGUAGAAAGAAAUCAGUUGAUCCUAUUUCACCUCGUGACAGAGAUGGACACGGUACCCAUACUGCCACAACCGCCGCUGGCUCCGCCGUAGCUAACGCCACUCUUCUCGGUUAUGCUACCGGAACAGCACGUGGUAUGGCUCCACAGGCACGUAUCGCUGUUUACAAGGUCUGCUGGACCGACGGUUGUUUCGCCUCCGACAUCCUCGCUGGAAUAGAUCAAGCGAUUCAAGACGGUGUUGAUGUGUUGUCACUCUCACUCGGUGGUUCAUCAUCCACUCCUUACUAUUUCGACACCAUCGCAAUCGGAGCUUUUGCGGCGGUGGAGAGAGGGAUAUUCGUUUCUUGUUCGGCGGGGAAUACUGGACCUCGCAGCGGUUCGUUAUCGAAUGUAGCUCCGUGGAUCAUGACCGUCGGAGCAGGGACUUUGGAUCGGGAUUUUCCGGCUUACGCUACUCUCGGAAACGGAAAACGUUUCUCCGGCGUUUCACUUUACAGUGGAGAAGGAAUGGGAAACGAACCGGUUGGUUUGGUUUAUUUUAACGAACGGUUUAAUUCAUCGAGUAGUAUAUGUAUGCCCGGUUCACUUGACUCUGAAAUCGUGCGCGGGAAAGUGGUUGUUUGUGAUAGGGGUGUAAAUUCACGUGUGGAGAAAGGCACGGUUGUGAUUGACGCCGGAGGUGUUGGGAUGAUUCUUGCAAACACGGCGGCGAGCGGUGAAGGAGUGGUGGCUGAUAGUUACUUGGUACCGGCCGUUUCGGUGGGAAAAAACGAGGGUGAUGAGAUUAAAAAGUAUGCAGCGUUGGAUUCUAAUCCAACGGCUAUCCUUAAUUUCGGCGGAACUGUGUUGAACGUGAAACCUUCACCCGUGGUAGCAUCUUUCAGCUCUCGUGGGCCCAAUGGUGUGACGCCACAAAUUCUGAAGCCUGAUGUUAUUGGGCCUGGCGUGAACAUCUUAGCUGGAUGGACCGGCGCUGUUGGGCCUUCGGGCUCACAAGACACCCGCAAAGCCCAAUUCAAUAUCAUGUCUGGUACGUCGAUGUCAUGUCCACACAUAAGUGGCGUGGCCGCCUUGUUGAAAGCGGCUCAUCCAGAAUGGAGUCCAAGUGCAAUCAAAUCAGCUCUGAUGACAACAGCUUAUACACUUGACAACACAGAGUCUCCCCUAAGGGAUGCAAUGGGAGAGGCCUUGUCCACACCAUGGGCUUAUGGGUCAGGUCAUGUCAACCCACAAAAGGCCUUAUCUCCUGGCCUUGUUUAUGAUGCUGACAUUGAAGACUACAUUGCAUUCUUGUGCUCUCUAAACUACUCACUUGACCAUGUGAAACUCAUUGUCAAGCGUCCUAAUGUUAAUUGUUCUACCUAUUUGUCUGGCCCUGGUGAUCUUAAUUACCCAUCAUUUUCUGUUGUUUUUGGUAACAAUAGUGGUGUUGUUCAAUACAAGCGGACACUUACUAACGUUGGGGAGGCAGAAUCUGUUUAUGAUGUAGCUGUUAGUGGGCCAUCUACGGUGGGGAUAAUUGUGAAUCCUACCAAGCUGGUUUUUGAGCAAGUUGGUGAAAGGCAAACAUAUAUGGUUAAGUUUAUAUCAAACAAGGAUAUUGUUGAUGAUUCGGUUACGUCUGAAUUUGGCAGUAUUACGUGGAGCAACAAACAACACCAAGUUAGGAGCCCAAUUGCUUUUACAUGGACAAUUCUAUGAAGAUUUGGAUAAGUUACUGUAUCAUUUAAGCCCAAUAGCAGUAGCCUAGCCCUAUUUAAAAAAGAAAACGACAGAAAGAAAGCAGCUGUUUGUUGACGUUGUAAAGGGUGACAUUGCAUUAUGAUGAGAUUAAUUAGUCCCACCCAGUAAAAGCUAAUGUAACAAGACAUUAUUAUUAUACGUUAA